UAUAAAAUGACCGAAGUAACCUUACCUGCUGACGAGAAAGACCGUACAUCUGUUGAUGACUUGCCUAAAACGAAAGAAGACAAGAAUGAUGAUGGCACAGGCUCAAGCGAUGAGGACACUAAGGAAUCUUCAAAGGAACUAGGAUUGGUCAUCAGCGCUUUACAGUCUACUGUAAAUCAAAAGAAACAAACUAAAGCUCCUCAAGUAGAACCUGAAGGAGAAGAAUCAACCGAAGACCUUCGCAGUCUGACGGUUGAAGAUAGUGAAAGUGACGCUAAGAAUAGUAUGGAAGAUAAUAACUCUAUAUCCACUUUGGCUACCUCAAAAGAAGAAGAAGAAGAAGAAAAAGAGGAAGAGAAAGUACCUAUUCCCCAAACAUUCGAAGAAAUAGUCCAGGAUAUUGUUCCUCCAACACCUGGUAUACCCCCUGAGAGACAAAGCUUAGAUUUUGGCGCAAAUGAUGAUGUUGCGGAUAUUGAUGGUCAUAGUGCAAAUCUCAUAGCUCUAAACAAGAUUAAUGCAAAGGAAAUCAAGGCAAAUACACUUUCACCACGAGACCAAGAGAGAGCAGAUGAACCUGUCCUUCGAGCGGUGCGUCAUUUGUUUAACAAUCGUUUUAUGAAAGCAAAGAAACUCUUUGAACAGCAAGCUGAGCAUGAUCCAUUAUCCGCUUUAGGUUUAGGCUCCAUGGCAUUCUUAAAAGCUGUCAUGACGACGGACGAUUCAAUGACAAAGAACGCUAUUGAUGUAUUGACGACGACAUACAGCAUUGCCAGUGCCCAAAUUGAUGCUGCAACGAAAAAGAAUAUAGGCAACUCUGUAUAUCAAGCAAUGACAUCUUACUACAACUACAUCAAAUUUUCUCGCGGAUCAGGAGGCUUACCUUCAAGUCCCAAACCGGCAACACUCAAGUCGAUUAAAAAGGAGAAUAUCACAUUUAUCCCUAAUGGUGUAUUGAGAGCUCAUGUUGCAAAGGCCGAAUGCUGUCUUCAAAUUGCCAUCUUGCAGUUGCUUCAGGAAAAUGUGAUGGGUUAUAUAAAGUGCGGAAUGAAUUUGCGAAGAGCCUAUGCAAGCUAUAGUUUGGUUUGGCAAGAAUAUAAGCGUAUGGGCCAGGUUUACAAUGAAUUUAUCGAUCGCGAUACCAUUUCUGGAAUACAAUUUGGUAUUGGUGCAGUUCAUCUCGUCCUUUCUACUCUUCCUCAAAAGAUCCUUCGAGUCGUAUCAGCUUUUGGUUGGAAAGCUGAUAAACAUCUUGGCUUUGCCUUGUUGAAGCUUUGUCUGGAAGACAGAAGAAUUCGUUCACCUAUGUCAUCACUUAUGCUCUUGGCUUAUUAUACUGUUCUUACAUCACUAUGCCCACAGAUGUUAUCGGAUGAAUAUACACAGCCUGCGAUUGAGACCCUAUUGGAUGCUCAGAGCACUUAUCCAAAUUCUGCAUUCUUCCUUUAUUUUGCUGGUCGCACGUCUCGUCUUGCACGCAAUCUAACACUUUCUUCACAAUCAUUCACAUAUGCUAUAGAAAUUAGCAAAAGCGAAUGGGCCGAAGUAGAAGUCUUACAUAUUUGUAAUUAUGAGAUUGCAUUCAAUCAUAUGAUGGAACAUAACUGGGAGGAGGCUGCUAAGAUAUAUGAUAUGUUAUACAAAGACAAGUACUGGUCUCCAGCCAUCUUUCGCUAUUUGGCAGGUGCAUGUUUAGACAUGACUGGUAAUCGAACAGAUGCGAUCUUAGCCUAUGCAGAAGUUCCUCAGCUCGCUGGUGCCAAAUCACACAGUACAGCACUGAUUGAAAAAUACGUACAGCGUAAAGUGAACAAUUUUCAGGAUACGGGCUAUCAAGAUAUGGACAUGUCUCUCUGUGCUUUGGAAUUCCUUUACAUCUUUACUGGCUUUGAUUUCAUAUCGGAUGAGUCAAUGCAAAAGUCAUUAGAGGCAACGGAUAAGGCGCUGAGCAGCAUUGCAGAAGCAGAAAAAACGGAAUUCGGCAUCCGUGUGAAGGAGCUAUUACCAGAUACACCUCCACCACAGUAUUUUGAUCAGCGUGGUGUUUUGCUUCUUCUCAAAUCUGCUCUAUUUAACGCAAUGGGCCGAUAUAAGGAUACCAUCAUUCAUCUCAACUGGAUUAUAGAUCACAAGGACAAUAUCGUGUACGACAAAUGGGUUGUUCCCUUCGCCUUUUGGGAAGCAGGCGUUACUGCAUGGGGAAUGGGCAACAGAACAAGAGCUCGAUCCUUCUGGGAAACAGCCUUGAAAUUCUCCAAAUAUGAUUUUGAGUAUCGGUUAGCUAUGCGCGUCAAUUUGGCGAUUACCAAAGCAGAAGAGCUUGGUGUACCAAAGCCCCAAGAUCCUGAUCCAGCCAAACGUUAUAAUGCCCUCAAGAAAGAAAAGCAACAUUCUGGUGACUCUAUUCAAAACCAACAAAGUUCAGAUGAAUCAUCCGUUCGAUUGAGCAUGUCUGAUAAUCAAGUAGAGACAUCAUCAUAAAACUCUUGUAUAAAUAUUCUUUCUGUAAUAAAGUUAGUGUCGAUAUGCAUCACACGCACCUUCUUUGCAUUACUAGAAAUGCAUUGUAACACAGAC